AUGCAGUGCCCUCCAGCAGCUCCGCGACAAAGGGCGCUGGAGGCCGCGCUGGCUUGGGUGCGCAGCCCUCCCCACGCCGGCUUUGGUUCUUCGGUGCGAGGGCUGAGAAAAGCGGAAAAAAUGAGGGCUAAAAGGAAAGAGGCAGGAUUGGCAUUGCUCCACAACCUCGGUUUUGUCAGGACCAUGGCAGUAAGCGGAAAGGCACUUUCAGUGCUCUCUUGGGUCCUGCUGCUGCUGGCUUCUGUAGAUGCACAGAGGACUACGGUGCGGGCCUCAAAGGGGAAGGAGCUCAUGAUCACCCCGAACAUCCUUACCGGCAUCCUCAUCGGCUCCCUGUGGAUCGCCGUGUUCCUCGUCGGCUUCUGCUGCUUGUUCGCCGUACAGACUCCGGCUGCCUUCGAGGAGAAAGCUCUGGUGAUCAACAAGAAUUACUGA